AAAGGUCAGUUUAAAGUCUCACCGCUCCAAAAAGAGGAAGUCAUGAAGUGGUAAAUUUGCAGGCGUUAAAAGUAAAAAGAAUCACGCGCAUCUUACAUAAGCAGGGUCCAUCCAGAGUAUCUUGAAGAGCUCGAGUUGAAGUGACUGGGGUGCAUUUGUUCACUGGUUCAAUGUCUGAAGCAGAGGGUGACAGUAAAGCAUCAGAGUCAGAGAGUGCUGCAGCUACAGGAGACAGCUCCACUCAGGAAAAAGGUGCUGGGGAAGAAGCAGAGCAAAUGGAGUACUUCAGGAGAUUGUUUGCCAGAACCCUGGGUCUGUCUCAGGAACGAGAAGCAGCAGAGGCAGAGGAAGAAACUCCCCGUCCGCAGCAGCUGUUGGAUGAGGUUACAGUGGAAGGGAUCGCAAAGUACAUCAGAGAUGGCAAAUGUAGAAACAUAAUUGUCCUGACUGGAGCAGGCAUAUCUACAUCUGCUGGUAUUCCUGAUUUCCGCAGUCCUGGCACAGGGCUGUACGACAACCUGCAGAAGUACAACCUGCCCAGCCCUCAGGCCAUCUUUGAAAUUGGCUUUUUCAAGGAAAACCCAGAACCAUUCUUUGCUCUUGCAAAGGAACUUUACCCUGGAAAGUUUAAGCCAACCUGGUGUCACUAUUUCAUCAAGCUGCUAUCACUGAAAGGCCUAUUGCUCAGGAAUUUCACCCAGAAUAUUGACACAUUGGAGCGAGUGGCAGGAGUGCCAGCUGGGGCGAUGGUGGAGGCUCAUGGGACAUUUUACACAGCACAUUGUCUUGGAGAGUGUAGGAAAGAGUACACACAGGAGUGGGUCAAAGAAAAGGUCUUCAAUGAUGAGGUCCCUAGAUGUCCUGAGUGUGAUGGUGUGGUCAAGCCUGACAUAGUGUUCUUUGGAGAGGCCAUGCCAGCCAAGUUCUUCCCCAGUGUUUUGGCGGAUUUUCCUCGGUGUGAUCUCCUCAUUGUCAUGGGAACAUCACUACAGGUCCAGCCUUUCGCCUCCCUGGUGGACAGGGUCCCAGAGACCUGUCCCAGACUUUUAAUCAACAGAGAGAAGUGUGGCCAGGUUGACCCCAUUAUGAGGAUGCUGGGAUUUGGUGGAGGCAUGGAAUUUGACUCUGAGAACAACUACAGGGAUGUGGCCUGGCUGGGAGAUUGUGAUGAUGGUUGCAAAGCUCUGGCUGAGCUACUUGGAUGGAAGGAGGAGCUGGAAGAGCUUGUAAACAAGGAACAUGCCAGGAUUGAGGCACAGAUUGAAGAAGACAAGAAAACUGCAGCCAAGAGAGUUCCAGCCGAGGGUCAGGCUGUGGCUGCUGCAGGAGGGAGCACUGAGGGGGCUUCUGCAGCAGCCAGCCCUGACAGCAGCAGGCAAGAGUCUACUGCAGCUACUGCAGACAGCAAAGACAAGGUAGCUCCUACAUCUGAAAAGACCAGGGAAGGGAAGCCAGACAGUCCCCAAGCUGAUGUUAGUCCAACACCUGGUACAGAUGGCGUGGAAACAAAGAGCAGUGGGGAUGAUCCAGAAACCAGCGAAAAGGGUUCCUCCAACCUUUAGGAAAUUCCUUAUACCAUUACCAUGGGUAUAAAGCACCACGUGAGUAGUGUUCCACAUCCCUUGUGAAGUUGUGCCAACCAACUUUAUGAUUGGCAACAACAUUUCGACAUACGGUUACUUAAAAAAACUUUUCCACAAGCAUAUAUGUACAUUACAUGGUGUGUUUAUCUGCUACGUUAACUUUGAAUUUUAUCUACUGUUAUCCAGUAAAUGAUAG